AUGUGGGGUGGAUUAGCAAGCUGCGUAAGAAUCUUUGAGAAUUCUACAUCUUAUUUCUCUGUAAUAAAAACAUCAGCAAUAACGACAGUCCUACGAAGUUUAGUAAUACUAAUAGGAUUUAUUGGCGUUGGUGCGACUGUUACGCCAACAAUUUACGAAAUGAUUACCUAUAAUUGCACUUGCAAUUCGCAAGUCUUACCUCCAGCGAUAUUAACAUGUAUUAAAAGCAGCUAUACGGAAGCAUGCGGCAAAGACCCGUUAUUUUAUUUUAUGGCGUUAGGAUUCUGCUUCCUUGGCUCUCUCUCGUGGUCAGUUAGCGCAGUACUCUGGAAACGAUAUGGUAAAAUGAUUCAUUACACGGUCGGUGGUGCAUUAAUGCAAGUUAUAGGAACCAUUACUGGUAUUUCCCUUUGGGCAGGGCUGAAUGGACUGUCCGGAUUUCCACUUGAAAUUAGCAUGGCCACUAACGAUAUCCUGGGACUUAUUGGAUUUAUUUAUGCCGGAGUACUAUUAGCAUUCCUAGCAGCAUUGGCUAGAUAUGCCUUAUAUCGCCAAAUAGGUCCAAUUAAUACCGAUGGUUUACUCGUUUUAAUCCCUGCAGUAACAGCAGUGGAAGAAUAUUUCAUUCUACGAGAAAGAAAAUGGGCAACCUGGUCAUUCAUAGUUACACUUGUCGGAGCUGGUUUGAUUAUCAUCGCUGGUUUACUUGGCAAUAGCCCACUACAUGAUGCCAUCGCUCAGGGACUUGACUCAUCCCGUUCUUAUCGUAGGAAAGGAAUCUAUGAGGAAGGCGACCGCGACCAAAGCAAUAGCACUGAUAUUGGUGGUGCUCACGAUAAUCCCUAUGUUGCCGUUUCCGAUCAAGAUAGCAAUGAUAUAAAAUAUAAAGGAAAGAAUAAGAUUGAUCUACCUAAUCGAUCAAAGGGCGAUGCAAGUUCUAGUACGGAUCAAAAUAUAGCUAUGGAACAGCUCCGAUCAUUGGAUGAUAAAUUACAACAAGAAAUGGCCAACAUCAAUAUCGAAAGUAGUAAAACAAGCGAACCAUCUAAUUCGCAAAAAGUGGAUGAACAACUCGAUGAACAAAGCGCUGACGCAUUUGUACUUGCUCUACAAAAAUCGAUGGAAAAUGCGUCAACAUCCUCAGAUUCUAGCGGUCCAACAUACGGUUAUAAAAAGACUUCACUACCUUCGAGCCAGAUAUCUCCGUCAAUGAGUGAUAUGAUAAGGAGUCCAAGUAACGAAAGCAUUUACUCUCUAUUGAAUGUAUCGCACAAGCCCAAUCCAUACAAGAAUUUAAUAGCUAAUUCUCGUACAAGAGCCGAUGCUCCCAUAUCUACUUUCGAUCCAAAAAAGACCUAUGUUGAUCGCCCUAGCCUCUCUGGAGCUUCAUCUAUCCAGCAAACUACAAAACCGAACCCGUAUCAGCGGAAAUAA